UGCGCUUUGACUCUGACAUUUUGUGACGGUCUGGUAGAUCGAGACACCAUGACUCAAUGGCGGCCGCUGUAUCUCCGACGGCGGCUCAGGGAGGCAAACGAAGAUGGCACGUCCAAUUGUGUUUCUACUUCUGUCGUGAAGAAGGACUCUUCCCAACCCUCGCGCAGUAACGUGCGCCGGCUGUUGGACUUGAUCACGUUGGAGUGGCCAACCUUAUGUAGCGGCAUCGUCGGUUUGUCGGUAUCGUCCAUCACGAAUUUGUUGUUUCCCAAGGUACUCGGUGCUGCGCUGGACGUUGCAUGCGGCAGACCUCCGCCGCGCAACAUGUCACACAAGGCGUUCUUCCUCACGAUUCUGUCCAUCUUCGUAUCGGGUGCAACGGCUUCCUUCGUCCGGGUCUACUGUCUUGGCUCCGUCGCCGAGUCCACCGCCAAGCGGUUGCGUGAUCGAAUUUUUGCUGCGUACAUGGCCCAAGAUAUGCAAUUCUUCUCCAAGUCGGAACGCACAGAGCUCGUUCAUAGGCUCACGCACGAGUGUCAAACUGCUGCCGACGCCGUUGUGGACAUCAUCGCCGAUGGGUACCGUUCCUUGAAUUCAUCAAUCGGGGCCAGUAUCAUGCUCUUUCGUUUGUCGCCUACUCUUACGCUCGUGUCGCUCUCUAUUCUGCCUUUCCUCGGGGCGGGCGCCAUGUCGAUGCGUCUGUACCUCAAGGGCUUGGAGCAGCAGUACGACGCGACCCUUGCCGCGCUUCGACUCUCGGCUGACGAACGGAUCGGUGGCAUUGAAACUGUCAAGCUGUGUACCCAAGAAGCGACGGAGCUCCGAGCAUUUGUCGACCAAACGACGACGGUCGCGAAGGCUGGGCGCAGGGCCAAGGCCGUGGAAGGUCUCUACAUGGGCGGGCUGUCGUUGUCCAUCAACCUGUCCCUUGCCAGUGUCCUGUGGGUCGGGGGCUCAAUUGUCGGGAGCGGUGGCCUCACGACCGGCGAACUCACGUCAUUCAUGAUGUACAGUGGGUUCAUGUGCCUCGGGUUUGCCCAGCUGUCGACCCUCGGGUCAAAAGUUCGAUCCACAAAUGAAGCAACUGGUGUACUCUUCAACCUCGUCAACGAGUCCGUUGCAUCCACUCCGGAGAGCGAAGAUAAGCACCAGUCGAUCGAAAACGUCGCAGGUGCCAUUACGUUGGAGCAUGUGACGUUUGGCUACAACGACCACACUCCGCUCUUCCAAGACUUGACGUGGCAUGUUCCUGCGGGCUCAGUUGUUGCCUUGGUCGGGGCCAGCGGCGCGGGCAAGUCGACAGUGGCCAAGUUGAUCACACGGCUACUCGAACCAUCCUCUGGUAAGGUAAUGUUGGAUGGUGUCGACGUUGCUGAAUUAGACAAGAAAUAUUUGCGACGUCAGGUGGCCAUGGUCCCUCAGAACUCCACGAUAUUCGCUCAAACUGUGCGCAACGCCAUUCUUUACGCCAAUCCCACCGCAUCUGACGACGAAGUCCGCGAAGCCGCUGCGCUCGCCCAUGCGUGUGAUUUCAUCGCCGAACUGCCACAAGGAUACGACACCUUUGUGACUGCGUCGAGUGUGUCUGGCGGCCAGAAGCAACGGCUCGCGCUGGCCCGCGCUCUGCUGACGCAUCCAAAAGUGCUUGUCUUGGACGAAGCCACGGUGGCGCUGGAGGGUAGCACCGAACAUGGCAUUUUGUCCCGCGUGGCGAGCGCUCAGACCACGAUUGUGAUUGCGCAUCGCUUGUCCACCAUCCGAGCAUGUGCAUCGAUCGCCGUGCUACACGAAGGUGCAAUCGCUGAAGUUGGCACAUACGAUGAACUGAAUCGAGACGGAACUCUUUUUCACUCGCUCGUGGCGUCGCAUGCGAUUGAGGCGUCGGCCUGAACCACUUGGUUGUGUGAACACAGAGGAAACAUGAGCUGUACUGGAGAAUUGAAAGAGUCGAGUUGUGUAUC